AUGACUUCUUACGACAACCUCUCACUUCGCAUCGUCCCUCACAUCGUGGAUGAGAUUGCAAAUACUGCGCCUAACACAAAAUGGGUGGAAGUACCGCGAAACAACGACAACCUCCAAGAUGGAUACAAGACUCUGACAUUUGGCCAACUAUCACAAGCUGUCAGCAGGAUGGCUCGCUGGAUCGAGAAGACUAUCGGAACCAGCACUUCGAGAGAAACCAUCACAUUUAUGGACCGUCAGAAUGACAUAAGAUAUAUCUUCGCCAUUAUUGCAUCUAUGAAGACUGGAUACAAAAUUCUCCUUGCUUCAACACGCAAUAGUGAAGAUGGUCAACGCGCAAUCCUUCAAAGGACUCAAAGCAAGAAGUUCCUGCAUGGGCAAGGCAUGAGAGAGGAGAUUCUUGCCCUACAAGACGAGGAGACGCCGCUUGAAGCCUUUGAGGUUCCUCCAAUGGAUUACUUCUUCGAUGGAGACGAUGUCGAACAUUACGAGGGCACCGUCAGCAGUGACCCUAAUGAGAUCGUCGCUAUCAUUCAUACUUCAGGCUCGACCGGCAUUCCUAAGCCCAUCUACCUCCGCAAUGGCUACAUCGCUUGUCUCGACCGCAUGCGCCAACUUCCCGCCCCUAAUGGCCGUCAAACCAGAGCACAAAAGUUUGCUGGAACCGAUAGAUCCUUCUGCAGUCUGCCAUGGUUCCACGCUAUGGGCUUCUUCAUGGCAUUGAGAUCUAUCUUCUCACAAGGACCCCUCGUGCUCCCUCCCGUCGGCCGCACACCGAACGCAGAUCUCACCCUUCAGAUUCUCCAAGUCGCUAAGCCGGCGACUGGUUUCUUCCCUCCCGCCAUUCUUGAAGAUAUCGUGGAUGCUCCCGGCGGUAUGGAAGCACUUUCCACGCUCGACUUGAUCUUUUUCGCCGGCGCUCCCUUGGCUCAAGAAGUCGGUGAUCGAAUUGCUGAGGUUACCCGCAUUCAGACCAUCAUUGGUUCUACGGAAGGCACAUUGUGGGACAGUCACAUCACUGAAGACCGUAAGGACUGGGGCUGGUUCGAGUGGUGCGAACACACUGGAGCUGUCAUGGAGCCUUCUGGCGACCUCCAUGAGAUGGUCAUCAAACGUAUGCCCGGCAACCCAACCCAAGGCGCUUUCUGGAGUUUCCCCGAGCUCGACGAGUACCGCACUAAGGAUCUCUAUGAGGAGCAUCCUACCAAGAAGGGUCUUUGGAAGUACAAGGGCCGCAACGACGAUGUUAUUGUCCUCAGCAACGGCGAGAAAUUUAACCCUGUCAUGUUCGAGAAGGACAUUGAGGGACAUCCGGCAGUCAGAGGUGCUAUGGUAGUUGGCCAAGGCCGCUUCCAAGCCGGCUUGAUUCUUGAGACCAACACCAAGACCGAUCCCGAGGCAUUCCUCGAGCAAAUUUGGCCUGCGGUUGAGAGAGCCAAUGAGAAGAUGGCAGCUCAUGGCAGAGUCUGGAAGUCAAAGAUUGCUAUUGCCAAUCCUCAAAAGCCAUUCCAGAGAGCUCCCAAGGGCAGCAUCAUGCGUCGCAAGACCAAUGAGCUCUACAAGGCCGAGAUCGAGGCUCUGUAUUCCAACGAAGGCUCAGCUGAAUCGCUUGGUCAGCUCGAUGUCAACGCUGACGACGCUGCUAUUCGCGAUUUUGUCAAGCAAGCUAUCCGUCUUGCUCUGCCCAAGGUUCCUGAGCAUUUCGAUGAUGAAGGCUAUGAAGCUGACCUCUUCUCCUUCGGUAUCGACUCUCUCCAGGUGCUUGCGCUCGCAAACACUAUCGGUCAUGCAUUGCCCAAGAAGGAGGGUUCGCGUGAUGCCGCUUUUAAGCCUCGCAUGGUCUACAGUAACCCUACCAUUGAUGCUCUCACCAAGGCAGUCGGUAACAUCCUUCGUGGCCAGGAUGCGAAUGGCACUUCAACCAAAUCGCGAGAGCAGAACAUGGAUGAGGUUAUCAAGAAGUACACCCGAACCCUACCUUCGCCUGUGCAAUACAACCCUCGUCAGCACAACCAUGUAGUUGUUCUCACCGGUAGCACAGGCUCCCUGGGUAACUACCUGCUCGAAGGCUUGAUCACAAACCCUGUAGUGGAGAAGGUAUACUGUCUCAACCGUUCCGACGCCCAGAGCCGCCAAAAGCGCAGUUUCGAAGAACGCGGUGCAAACCCAGACUUCUCUAAAGUCGUCUUCCUACAAGCCUCAUUCGGAAAGGAGAACUUUGGUCUUUCUGAAAAGGUAUACAGCGAGCUGAAAGACUCGGUCGACGUGUUCAUUCACAAUGCGUGGGCAGUGGACUUCAACAUGGGUCUUGAGUCGUUCGAGGAGACUCAUAUUAUGGGUACUCGUCGCGUGAUUGACUUCAGCGCUGAGGCUCAGUACCAUCCUCACAUUGUCUUCAUCUCAUCCAUCGCCAGUACUGGUAACUGGCUUGGUAGCGGACACUCAGGCUUUGUCCCUGAAGUAUUCAUGCAAGACAACAGCUUGCCUUUCGCUCAAGGCUAUGGCGAAAGCAAGCAUAUCGCCAGCUCGAUAUUGGCUAUUGCAGCCCAACAGUCCAACAUUCCCUCCACCAUCGUACGUGUAGGUCAAUUAGCCGGCCCCGCCGCAGAAAAAGGCCUCUGGAACCGUCAAGAAUGGCUUCCAUCCAUUGUCGCCUCAUCAAAGGCCAUUGGCAAAAUCCCUCGCACACUUGGUAAUGAAGACAUCGUAGAUUGGGUGCCUACAGACGCAGCAGCAAAGAUCUUGAUCGAUCUCACUCGCACCAGAUUGCGUACACAAGAAGCAGAGAAACUGGAUACUUUCCACUUGGUCAAUCCUUGCACCGUGCAGUGGAAACAGCUUGUUCCUGCCGUUGUGGAGUUUUACGCUUCUCAAGGUACUUCGAUCUCUAUUGUUGAGUUCUCUGACUGGCUGGAUGAGAUGAAGAGACUCGAGGUCACAGAAGAAAACAUGAGAAACAUCCCUGGAUUGAAGUUGCUGGACUUUUACGAAGGGUUGGCUGUUGAGGAGGGCAGUCUUCCUAGAUUGGCGACUGAUAGGACUGCAGAGGCUAGUGUUACAUUGAGAGAGUUGGGACCUGUAAAUGCUGAUUUGAUGGUGAACUGGUGUAAGCAGUGGCAGUUCUAA